AUGCUGUCGCACGGUAUCCGGUUCACCUGUUACUCACUGAUAGCUUUCACGGUGAUACCUUCCGUGCUAUACAUCUUCCUCGAGGACCAAGACGUCGACAUCCGCGUGAAGGCCAUCGGACCGGUCAGCCACUGGCUCAUGGGCGCGAUGAAUUACCUGUCGCUGUUGCUGCGCGGCAGCGAGAUACGCCGGUGUAUCGAGCACAUGGAGGUGGACUGGCAGCUGGUGAGCAGAACGGAGGACCGCGAGGUGAUGCUGAGGAACGCCAAAUUCGGCCGCUUCGUCGCCGGCUUCUGCGCGGUCUUCAUGCACUGCGGCGUGUUCUCGUACAGCAUGGUGAAGGGCAUGUCGUCGUUGGUCAUCGUGAUCGGCAAUCAGACCGUCACGAUACCCCGACUGCCGUGUCCGUUUUAUAGUAACUUCCUCGACACGACGGUCAGCCCGACGAAUCAGAUCGUGCUGAUGAUACAGUUCCUGUCGGGAUUCAUAGUCAACUCGAUCACGGUCGGCGCGUGCAGCCUGGCCGCGGUCUUCGCGAUGCACGCCUGCGGACAAUUCAGUGUGCUGUUCCUUUGGCUGAACGAGCUGGUCGGCGACGACGACGGGGAGGAAGGGUACAGAUCGGUCGAGUAUAAACUCGCUAAUAUCGUGCAACAUCAUUUACGUGUGUUAAGUUUUGUGUCGUACAUCGAACAAGUCAUGUAUCAGGUGUGUCUUGUUCAACUGGUCGGCUGCACGUUGAACAUGUGUAUGCUCGGAUAUUAUUCCAUCACGGAAUGGAACACGGAAGAUACCAAGAACUUGAUGACAUACGGUAUUCUAUUCGUGUCAAUGACAUUCAACAUUUUCAUAAUUUGUUACAUCGGUGAACUUCUCAGCGAACAGUGUAAGAAAGUCGGCGAAACGGCCUAUCUAACCGAAUGGUACCGUUUACCUCAGAAGACUGCCCUUAGUCUGGUUUUGAUCAUUUCAAGAUCCAGCGUUGUAAUUAAGAUGACUGCUGGAAAACUAAUUGAAUUAUCCUUAGUGACGUUCGGAGACGUAAGUCUAUUUAUAUCAAUUAAUUAA